UGGAAUGGGAAGCCCACUUUGGGGGAGUUGAACUCCCGGUGCCUCUUCCGUCGCCAUGGGACAUGCCUUGAUGGUCCUCCUGUUGUCUUCAGCCGUCUCACUCCUUGGCGGGUUGAUGUUUGGGUAUGAGUUUGGAAUUAUCUCCGGGGCUUUGUUGCAGCUGCAGCUGGACUUUCAUCUUGGCUGUUUCGAACAGGAAUUCCUAGUGAGCUCCUUGCUCAUUGGAGCUCUCCUGGCUUCUUUAGUGGGCGGGAUCUUCAUUGACCGACAAGGAAAACAGAGAGCAAUACUAGUCAGCAAUGUGAUUUUGCUGUGCGGCAGCCUUCUCCUAACUCUCGCCAGGUCAUUUGUUUGCCUGGUGUUCGGGCGCAUGACUGUAGGUUUUGCAAUCUCUUUGUCAGCCAUGGCAUGUUGCAUCUAUGUCUCUGAAAUGGUGGCUGCGCAUCAGCGAGGGGUCCUGGUUUCCCUCUAUGAAGCCGGCAUCACAGUGGGCAUCUUACUUUCGUAUGCUCUGAAUUACAUCUUCUCGGACACGACGGAGGGCUGGCGAUACAUGUUUGGCUUGGCUGUGGGUCCGGCAGCUAUCCAGUUUCUCUGCACCCUGUUCCUCCCAAAGAACUCUGUUAAGUUGAACGUGUGCGGCAGUGAGACUCGCAAAAGCCUCAUUCGGCCGCAGAAGGAUGAAGAGGGUCAAGUUGUAAUGCCGCAGUGCCCUAAGGAGAAGCAUUACUCUCUUGUGGACCUUCUGAGGUCAAGGGACAACAUGAGAACCAGAACUCUGGUGGGCCUCGGUCUGGUGCUGUUUCAGCAGUUCACAGGGCAGCCCAAUAUUCUUGGUUACGCAUCCAAAAUCUUCCGCUCCAUAGGCUUUCAGAGUGACUCCUCUGCCGUCCUGGCUUCUGUUGGCUUGGGAGUGGUGAAGGUGGUAGCUACUUUAGUUGCAAUGGCUUUUGCAGAUAAGGCCGGCCGGAGGGUGCUGUUGAUGGCUGGGUGCACAGUGAUGGCCUGUUCAGUGAUGGUCAUUGGCUUGACCAGCUGCUUUGUUCCAUUAGACGUGGACAAAGACUGUGAAAUGCUCGUAGGGUCAAACAGCACUUUGUUAGGCUCAGAUCCUUUCCCCAUGACUUCUGGGUCUCCUCAGCCAAAUAUGUCACACUUCCCAUGGACUGGUGAAAUUCAAGCAGAUCUAUCUUUUGCUAUCACAAGGCCAGGAGGGUUUACCAAAGCAGUUGCCAGCAAUAAACACAGAGACAGGAUGGCAAAAAUUCCCUCACUCAUGGAAAAAGCGGGCCUACUAGGUCCAUCCAGUGAAGGAAAGGCACCAAGCACUGUCUCAUCUGUUACUGAGGCUCUUUCCAAGGAACGGAUUAUUCUCAACUGGAUUACGCUGCUAAGCCUGAUGGCUUUCGUGAGUGCAUUCUCCAUUGGAUUUGGGCCAAUGACAUGGCUUGUCCUCAGUGAGAUCUAUCCUGCUGGCAUACGAGGAAGAGCCUUUGCCUUCUGCAACAGUUUCAACUGGGCUGCUAAUCUGCUGAUCAGUCUCACGUUCCUUGACCUCAUUGAUGCCAUUGGCUUAUCAUGGACAUUCCUUCUCUAUGGACUAGUGGGAGUGUUGGCUGUUAUAUUUAUUUAUCUUUUUGUGCCAGAAACCAAAGGACAGUCUCUAGAAGAAAUAGACCAGCAAUUCUCAAAGAAGCGGUUGUUUCAAGGCAAUUUAUUCUGUCUGAAAAUAUGGAACAGAAGAGAGAUCCACGCACGUGCUCAUUACCAAAGAGUAGACCAUUCCAGUGCCUCCUGAGAGAGGAUCGGUGAACAU